AUGCCAUCCCCAGCCCGGGGCAGCCCGGCCAUUCGGGAGGUCGCUGCCACUGAGCCCAAGGACCAGCAGCUCAUGGUAGCCCUUCGGAUCCGCCCACUGAAGGAUGCGGAGCUGGAGGAAGGGGCCACCACCAUUGCCCACAAAGUGGGAGACCAGAUGAUGGUGCUCAUGGACCCUGGGGAGGACUCUGAGGACCCACUGCGUCCCCACCGCUCCCGGGAGAAGACCUUCAUAUUCGACAUGGUGUUUGACCAGCACGCCUCCCAGGAAGAUGUGUACCGUGCCACCACCCAGCACUUGGUGAAGGGUGUCGUUUCUGGGUACAAUGCCACUGUGUUUGCCUAUGGCCCUUCAGGGGCUGGGAAGACCUACACCAUGCUGGGCAUGGACGCAGAGCCUGGCAUCUACCUGCAGACGCUCACUGACCUCUUCCAGGCCCUUGAGGAGACCAGCGACAAUAUGGACUACAGCGUGUCCAUGUCCUACCUCGAGAUUUAUAACGAGGUGAUCCGGGACCUCCUGAAUCCUUCCUUGGGCUUUCUGGACCUGCGGGAAGAUUCUCGUGGCAGCAUCCAGAUUGCAGGCAUCACAGAGGUGUCUACUUCAAACGCCCAGGAGAUCAUGCAGCUGCUGACCAAGGGCAACCGAGAGCGCACGCAGGAGCCCACGGCCACUAACCGGACGUCGUCGCGCUCCCACGCCGUGCUGCAGGUCACUGUGCGCCAGCGGAGCCGCGACUCGGAGCUCACAGAGGCCACACACAUCGGCCGGCUCUUCAUGGUGGACCUGGCCGGCUCGGAGCGGGCCUCACAGACCCAGAACCGAGGCAAAAGGAUGAAGGAGGGUGCACACAUCAACCGCUCGCUGCUGGCCCUGGGCAACUGCAUCAACGCGCUGAGCGAGAAGGGCGAGAAGGGCGGCCGCGCACAGUAUGUCAACUUCCGGGACAGCAAGCUCACUCGGCUGCUCAAGGAUGCCCUGGGAGGAAACAGCAGGACCGUGAUGAUAGCUCACAUCAGCCCCGCCAGCACGCACUUCGAGGAGUCCAGGACCACACUGCUCUACGCCUACAGAGCCAAGAACAUCAAGACCAGGGUGAAGCGCAAUCUGCUCAGUGUCUCCUACCACAUCGCCCAGUAUACGGACGUCAUCUCCCACCUGCGAGGGGAGAUUGAGCACCUCAAGUCAAAAAUCGAGAGGCAGGAGAAGGAAAAGAGGAACGAGCCAGAUGCCCGUGAUGCCCAAGUCAUGGCGCCCUCACAUGACGCCGAGGAGGAGAGCCGCCUGCAGAUGAACAAGAUCCGAGCCCAGCUCAUCGGGGCCUUCAGGGAGCAGAUGGAAAUGCGGCGCAGCCUGGUGGAGCUGGAGAACACCAACAUUGAGCUGCACAUCGAUACCUCACGCCAUCUGCUGACCAUUGCGGACUGGGAGCGAGAGAAGACCCACCCCAGGGAGCAGCAGGGGUCGGCCGGGGGCGAGGAGCCAGAGGCCGACGUGGAGGGCGAGGAGAGCGAGGCUGUGGAGCCCCACGAGGUGGCCCUGGCCCGGGAGGAGAUCAACAUGCUUCUGGCUGAGCAGCGGAGGACAGCUGCCCUCAAGGUGGGGGCCUCGGCGGUGACGGGGUGCGGGCCGCCUGUGGUCCCUGAGCCUCGUAACUCCGGUGGAAGGCCGUGCCUGGCCGCUUUCCCAUCUGAAGGUUUCUGUGAGUCGGCAGGGCUGGAGCAGCGUCUGGCCAACGCCAAGAAGAAGGCCUCGCAGAUGGAGCAGCUGCUGCCCCGGCAGGUCAUCAGUGAGGACCAGCGUGAGGUGCUGCGGCUGCUGUGCAGGGCGCAUGAGCUGGAGGUGGAGAACACCGCGCUGCAGGCGCACAGCCUGUACCGUAAGAACCUGCUGUGCCAGAAGGACUUUAUCAUCCAGCGCUACCACCAGCACCGCCUGCUCUGCGAGCAGCUCAUCCAGGGCCAGCGCAGGCUCAUCCACGACGGAGGGCUCCUGGUGCCCGACCCCCUGGACAAGCAGUACCGCCUGUACUCGCAGGAGCUGGGCGAGGGCACGCUCAACCGGCUGCUGCUGCUCCACUCGCUGAUGACCGGCGCGCUCCGCGACGGCUCUGUCCUGAACAUUUCUCCCCCUCCGGAGGACUCGGGCAGAGACCAGCUGGACGACAGGAAGGACCUCCCGUGGGGCGCCCAGUUUGAGCUGCCGCCAGUGCUGCUGGAGACAGACAGUGACGGUUACAGUUCAUCCAAAGUCACGCCUUCAAAGAAGCCAGGGAAGCAGGACUCGCUCCUCCCGCCAUCAUCCGUCCGAAUCCUGCUGACCCCCCCUAUUCACGAGAAGCACAGCUCCAUGAGUGUGAAGGACCUGGUCUCCAAGCUGUGCUCGCCAGUUGGCCUGGACCUGGGCGCCCCUUGCGUGGCUGAGGCGGGCACCCCUGCCCUGAGUGCCCAGGCCCUUCGGGAGAUGGCCUCGAGCACCAAGAGCAUCGCCCUCAUCGCGGCCACCCGCCGCUCCAAGGUGCAGGACCGAGAGGCCAGCUGCAGUCGCUCCCCACGCCACCUCCUGGAGGACGGGGCCUCUGACCCCUGCGACCAGAAGCCCAGUGUCUCCCCAGAGCCUGGCCCAGCAGGAGACAGACAGCAGCCUCACGCCAGCCCAGGCAGGGACCAGUCUGUGGAGAGGAGGGCCCGGAAGAAGCGUUCCCCCUCGCUCACCUGGGGCCUUCCACCGGCCACGGAGCACCUGGCUGAGAGCCAGCCGCCCCCUGCAGCCCUCUCUCAGCCAUCCAAGUCCGGAAAGGGCUUUUUCCCAGCUGUCCCUGUGGCCGCGAAGAUAAAGCCCAGCCUCAGUCUCCAAGCAGAUGAGAACACACUCCAGGUGCCGGACGUCGGCGUCACCUUCCCCAGCGCCAUGUGGCAGGGCAGCACUGGCCCUGGCCGGGCACCCCUCCUGCCCCGGGACAUCAGAGGGUCCAUAGACAGCGGAGGCCGACGACACAGCCCGCUGCCCCCCAGCCACCCUCGCAAGCACCUCGGAGGCAGUGCCAAGAGGCCACGGAGACCAAGAUAA